AGGUUGGGGAGCUAAGGCGACCUGGGGCUGUGGAGUCGAGACCCAAAGGCUAGAUACCCUGAUUGUAACUGGGUGGGAGCGAAGACGUGAUGUGAAGGGAUUUAGCGACCAAGACCCGGGACCCCCACUCGGAUAACCCCCUUCUUCUUUGCCCUUCGUUAUUCCCGGGACUCUUGCCGCGAUCUCCGCCGGAGGCCAGAGUGGAGAACCCACAGCCGCUGGCCGGAGCAAUAGUACCACCUAGCGGACAGUGUCGGAGCGGCUCGCUGUAGCAGCGAAGGGGACCCCAGCCUCGAAGAGGUGCUAUCGGAGGGCUGAGGCGGCGCUUCAGCACCGUUGUGGGCCGGACAGCGCCUCCCACCGCCGGCCCUCUAAACGCGUCCUCGGAGUCACUCCGAAGGGACCUGACCAAAAGACCUUGAAGGAACUCCGAACAUCUUGGGAUCACUCCUAACAGCCCCCGGGAGGCCUUAAGAUUGCAGAGCUGGAAUUUAAGAACCCUCUGCUCUCCCUUCUAUGAGCCCCUCUUCUCUCCUUGACCAGCCCUGGUGGUGGACGGUCACACAUUCCACACAGACGUCGAUUCUUCAAGUUUUACUAGGAGUCCAGGGGAGGACUGGGGACAGGGGAGGGAGCUCUGCACAUGCAGAAAUCUGCAAAUUAACUCUCUGUCCUCCAGACUCGAGGCACACGUUAAUAGCGGUGCUAGGACCCAGGACAGCUAAGUGGGCAGAGAGCCGGUGGGUGGGUCGGGAAACCUCAGGACCCCGGGGCAGAUCCGCCGGCUCUAGGGCCGCGCGGAAUCCGGAGGUGGGCGGGACUUUGGUGGCGCACGCGCAGCCGCAAACAGCGGCCAGAUGGAACCCAAACCCCUGCCGCCGGUACUGGAGCUUCCCGCCGGGCGUGUGCUCAGCGCCGGGGAGCUCCUUGCUGCCCGCUCGCGGCCCCAGAAGCUGCCUCAUCGCUCGCAUGGCCCCAAGGACUUCCUCCCCGACGGCUCGGCAGCCCAGGCCGAGCGGCUACGCCAGAGCCGCGAAGAGCUCUGGCAGCUGCUGGCCGAGGAGCGCGUGGAGCGCCUGGGCAGCCUAGUGGCGGCUGAGUGGAGGCCAGAAGAGGGUUUCGUGGAGUUGAAGUCUCCUGCGGGUAAAUUCUGGCAGACCAUGGGCUUCUCAGAGCAGGGCCGGCAGCGGCUUUACCCCGAAGAGGCCUUGUAUCUGCUGGAGUGUGGCUCUGUACAGCUCUUCUACCAAGACCUGCCACUGUCUAUCCAGGAAGCCUACCAGCUGUUGCUGACCGAGGACACAGUGACUUUCCUGCAGUACCAGGUCUUCAGCCACCUGAAGAGACUGGGUUAUGUGGUUCGACGAUUUCAACCAAGCUCUGUCCUAUCCCCUUAUGAGAGGCAGCUUAACCUGGAUGGCAGCACCCAGUGCUUGAAGGAUAGGGAUGGGAAGAGGAAGAAGAGGGCCUCCAGUUCUCGGUCCAUUAAUAAGAAGACCAAGGCCCUGGAGAACUCCCUGCAACCCAAGAGUCUGGCAACUUCCAGCCCACCUCCACACAACCAGAACAGUCAAUGCCCAGAAGAGAAACCCCAGGAGUCAAGCCCUAGGAAGGGCCCAGUGAGCCCAUUUCAGCUUUUGGGGUCCUUGGAGCAGGGUAUGGGGUGCAGCUGGGAAAGCAGAAAAGUAGGUAAUGGAGUCCAGGGGGCUCAGAAGCCGCGCUGGAACUUUGAGCAGAUCUCCUUCCCCAAUAUGGCUUCCGAUAGCCGCCACACCCUCCUACUUGCUCCAGCCCCAGAGUUGCUCCCAGCCAACGUGGCUGGGCGGGAGACAGAUGCUGAGCCCUGGUGCCAGAAGCUGAACCAGCGGAAGGAGAAGCUCUCCUGGCAGGAACAGGAGCAACAGGCAGGAGCCAGGACCUUCCAGGAGGACGUAAACGCAGACCCUGAGGUGCAGCGCUGCUCCAGCUGGCGGGAAUACAAGGAGCUGCUGCAGAGGCGACACCUACAGCAGAGCCAGAGCCGCCCCCCACACCUGUGGGGCCAGCCGGUCACUCCUUUGCUAAGCCCUGGCCAGGUGGAUUCUCCAGCCAUGGUCCUUCAGCGUAUCUCAGUGCUGCAGACAACACAUCUUGCUGAUGGGGGUGCCUGGCUGCUGGAGAAAUCUGGGGGCUUGGAAAUCAGCUUUGAUGUUUACCAGGCUGAUGCUGUGGCCACCUUCCGAAAGAAUAACCCUGGCAAACCCUAUGCCCGGAUGUGCAUUAGUGGAUUUGAUGAGCCUGUCCCAGACCUCUGCAGCCUUAAGCGGUUAUCCUACCAGAGCGGUGAUGUCCCUCUGAUCUUUGCCCUGGUGGAUCACGGUGACAUCUCUUUCUACAGCUUCAGGGACUUCACAUUGCCCAGGGAUAUGGAGCACUGACCACACAGCACUAUGGGGGCUGGAGCUUGCUCUGGGGAACCUGGACUGUCAGUUCUUAGGGACCACCUCAGCUGCCUCCUAUACCCAGACUCUGACCUGUAGCUGCAGGGGCCAGUCUGGGCCUUGGUCCUGGGUGUCUCAUACUUGCAAGAAAGUCAAACUGUGCUUCCAGCCUUCCCUAGACACUGCAGUGCUUCCAAGCCCCAGGCCUGAGGUUGCUGCCUUGCAGUGACCCCUUUGGAACUCAGGACUAGAUGUUAGAGACCCAGGAGGUGGGGCAGAAGAGAGGACUUUGUGCCUUUAAUGAGAGGGUGCCUGCUUCGUGCCAUAAAGCCAAAGCCAUUAAAAACAGAUCUCUUUUCUG